ACUACAAUGUCAUGUUCUUAUAUAAAUGCAGGUUUUACAAGAUGUUCCAAAGUACACAAUGGUAGCCGGAGAAAGAGCGAAGCUUCGGGGUCUAAAUUUAGUGGGCCUGGCUCGACGUGGAUUCAGCACUGCAGAGAUCAGGAACCUUAAAGCAGCCUAUCGGAAGAUAUUCAUGCGUGCUGAUGUAAAUGCCGGGUCAUUUGAGGAUAGGCUUGCCGAAGUGGUCAUGUUGCUGGAUUUUGUGCUCUGUGUGCAAUAUAGAAUCAUAUCAGGUAUAUCACGAAAUUUCCAAAAUGCAAGGCAGGAGGAUGCACAUGAGUAUAUGGUCAACUUACUUGAGUCAAUGCAUAAAUGCUGCCUGCCUUCUGGUGUACCAAGUGAAUCACAUAGUGCUUAUGAGAAAAGUUUUGUUCAUAAAAUAUUUGGUGGUCAUCUGCGAAGUCAGGUGAAAUGUAAGCAGUGUUCCUUUUGCUCCAACAUGUUUGAUCCAUUCUUAGAUCUAAGCCUCGAAAUUUUCAAGGCAGAAUCAUUGCAGAAAGCACUUGCAUGUACAGUAGCUAUAGUAUAG